AUGGCCGUACUCAAUAUCGUCGAAGCCUCAAUCGAAGAAUUACAGAAUGCUUUGAACAGCGGUUCAAUUACCAGCGUCGAGCUUGUAACGCGUUUGCUUCGCCGGAUCAGCACUUACGACUGUCGAGGCCCUACCCUAAAUUCGAUUCCGAUCCUUAACAAUGACCUUUUCGAACAAGCUGCCAAGUCUGAUGACCGAAGGGCAUCUGGCGAGAAAGUCAGGCCCCUGGAAGGGAUACCUUAUACGGUCAAAGACAGCUACAAAGUCAAAGGAAUGGUAGCCGCUGCAGGAUCUCCUGCUUUCGAACAUCUAAUUUCCAACGAAGACGCUUUUCUUGUGAAGCUCAUUCAAGAUGCUGGCGGGGUGCUCAUUGGCCGGACAAACAUGCCUGCAAUGGCUUGCGGCGGCAUGCAGAGGGGCAUCUGGGGAAGGGCCGAGAAUCCUUACAACCCAGACUAUCUGGCUGCAGCAUUUGCUUCAGGUUCAUCCAACGGAUCGGCUGUUUCUACAGCAGCAUCGUUCGCAGCUUUUGGGCUUGGAGGCGAGACGGUCUCAUCUGGCAGAUCGCCUGCUUCCAACAAUGCCCUUAUCGCUUACACUCCCUCGAGGACCUUUCUAUCAAAUCGCGGCAGUUGGCCUUUGUAUCCAACAUGCGACGUACCAGUGCCUCAUACAAGAAGCAUGAAGGAUAUGUUAACUCUUCUGGAUGUUAUUACUGCACCUGAUCCAGUUGCCAAAGGCGAUCUCUGGCGAGAGCAGAGAAGCGUCCAGUUACCGCAAUCUUGGGAGGACCGGCCUGAGAGCUUCAAAACCCUUGGCUCGUCAGACUCAUUGUCUGGACUAGUUAUUGCUGUGCCAGAAAUCUUCCUUGGUGGACCGGUUCCCGAAGGAGCAAAGCCUAUUCAGACGAGCCCGGCAGUUGUUGAAUUGUGGAAGCAAGCACGAAAGGAUCUUGAGUCACUUGGCGCGAAGAUUGUCAUGGUUUCCGACUUUCCGCCUUUGACAGCUUACGAAAAUGAUAACCUUCUGCCGGAGAGAUGUCCGCGAAGGCCGGCGGACUGGCAUGCUACUGAGAGAGGAGCAUUAGUAGCACAUACUUGGAACAACUUCCUUCGAGACUUCAAUGAUUCAAAGCUCCCGGAUAUCUCUGCAGUGGACGCAUCGAGGAUCUAUCCAGACAGUAUGAGGACUGGGCCGGAAUUACAACACUUCGAGAAGCCUAACGCGAUUCAGUACCAUCGGCUGGCCGAAUACGCCAGCAAAGGGAGUAUUUUUGAUGUAGAAGGUCUGGAUCAAGCUCUCAAAGCUUUAGAGGGCAUGCGAAAGGUUCUUCUUGAGGACUGGCUCACGGAAGUCGGCUGCGAUUGCGUUGUCUUUCCCGCUGCUGGCGAUGUGGGACCUGCCAACGCAGACUCAGACUUUGAGGGGGCAUCGCUGGCUUGGCAGAAUGGCGUCCACUACAGCAACGGAAACAGAGCCAUUCGACAUCUCGGCAUACCUACCGUCUCAGUUCCUAUGGGCAUCCUGAGAGACAAGCGUGUGCCCAUGAACCUCACGUUCGCUGGCAGAGCUUAUGAUGAUGUCCAACUUCUGAGAUGGGCGAACGCUUUCGAAAUAAGAACAAAACAUCGCAGUCCUCCACUACAUACGCCAUAUCUUGAAUCUGAUCUUGUUCAACUUUCAAACAACAAGAAGAACAAAUCGCCGAGGCCAAAGCUAAUUAUAAGCACGUUCACGACGGUGCCAGCAUCUGAUGACACUAACCCGCUGUUGGCUGAUAUUCUUGUCGAAGGAUCCGUGACAAUGAGUGCGCCAAUGGAAGAUUUGCCGGAAAUUGAGAUUACCAUUGACGCACAAACACUUCAUCCAAGUUGCAUCGACAUAUAG